AUGUUUUAUUGUUUGUUGUUGUGAUGUGAUAUCGAACAAUUUACGUUAAUUGAAAAUGGGAGAUCGCGGUAUAUUAUUUUUUUACGUCAUUAUAACUACGUAUCUACGUGUGAAUCACGGAUGUUCGAUAGAUGGAAUCCCAAAUUGGUUCGUGCCUCAAAAUCAACGAAUACUAGACACGGACAGUGGUAUCAUUUACAGAAGAUCAACUUCAGGCAUAGAAGAAUUAAUAAGUGUUACACAUAGAACAGAAGGCCUCAACGGAGGACCUUACGUCAAUGUGUCACUAGCAAAUUCAGAGCUUACUAUUUCGACACUUGAUAAUUUCAAAACAUACGAGGAAAUUGAAACCGCACUGUCCAUCGGUUUUACAGCAAUGUUUCGAUGCACUGAUGGUAGCUCGAGAAUUUUGGUUUUUAAUAUAGACAUAACCGACACCAACAAUAACGACCCUGUGUUUAAACCGACAAACAGUUAUGAAAUCACAAUAGCACCUCCAGUCCCGCCGAACUUUUUACUUACUAACUGCAUAAAUGAUAUAAUCGUCAGGGAUAUCGACUUAACAACGGAAAGGAUUGACUUUGCAUUAGAAGGGAGUCCAUUAUUUGAGAUAGCAUACGAUAAUUCAUCUACGGUACCGAAAGAGUUCAAGGCGACUUUGAGAACAACAACAUUUAUCAGAUCGAUCCCUGAGGCAAUAACUUUCACAAUCACAGCCACGGACGUAGAUAGAACUGGUGAUAGUCGACGAACAGCAACCGCUACGGUUAAAGUUUUAGCAGACAGCCAGUUCGAGUUGCCCGACGAGCCAAUUUUCUCGCAACCCUUCUACAUAGCAAACUAUACAAAAGAACAUGAGUUCAUUCUACAAGAUUCCAUUUAUCUCCGCCAAGGUUACGACAGUGAAGUUGAAUUUAGUUUGGACGGACAAUUUUCUGAAAAUUUCAAAUUAGUUGCUAAUGGAAACCAAAUAACCUUCACUGUUACAACUUUAUUGCCCGAUGAAGCGUUUCAACAAAGAGAAAUCUAUCUCACAGUUAUAGCAGAAAGAGAUUACACAAGUGGGGCGAAUGCUAUGAUCGUUCUACAGCUACCUGAAGCUAGGGAACUAAGAUUUGAGAAGCCUUUGUAUAGUGGAACUUUGGAAGCGUAUUCUCUAACUCUAGAAGCUAUCAUUUUAAACAUAGGAUACUAUACUGACAUCAUUUUUAAUCUCACAGGAGAGUAUGAGAAUUAUUUUACUGUAAAAAAUACUCAGAAUACAGUAUCAAUAGAGUUACAACAGGAAGUUUCAGAAAAUAUCAUAAGGGAAAACAAUUUCAUUGUUUUGAUCUUGGUUGCAUCUGGUGUAAACGCCAUAACAACUUCGGCGACAAUUUUCCUGGAAAUAGUGAAGCCUGAUUUUGAUACACCUGUUUUUAGUAACAAAAUAUAUAAUGGAAUUUAUUCAAAUGAUACAAAAGUAAAUUUUCAAGAUAUUAGCUUAUUUCAAGGCUACGAUGAAACAGUUACUUUCGAUUUGGUGGGAGAUCAUGCAAAGUAUUUCUCGAUGGAAGCAACUACUAAUAAUAUUGUGCUAGCUUUAAAUUCAACCAUUCCUGAAGAUCUCAUAUUUGAUGAGAAAGUAAUAUUAUUCAAUAUUGUGGCUGAAAAGCCAAGGACAGUCGGUGCGAAUACCGCUGUAGCCCUAAAGUUUCCAGAAGAACUAACACAACCUACUAUUUUAAAGUUUACUAAAAGCACUUACAAUGGCGCAUUAAAAAACGGCAUACUAACAGUAGAAGACAUCAUUUUAAAAUCAGGAUUUACACAACAAACAAAAUUUGUAUUACAUGGAGAUUUCAAUCAAGACUUUACUAUUUCAAAUGAAAAUAACGUAGUAACAAUCGCAAUAUCGAAUUCAGAUUUAUUGGAAGAAAUUGAAAAUAAUAAAUUUAUCGUAUUAGAAAUAGAAGCAACCGGAGAAAGAGCAGUACCCGUAACAACAACUGUUAUUAUUGAUAUUCCAGAAAUUAUAAUUUCAUAUCCAGUAUUUGAAAAAUCAUUCUAUAGAGGUUCUUAUACAAGAGAUAGUGGAUUGGAAUUCACAGAGGAAAUAUCUCUUCAACAAGGUUAUGACAGCAGCGUCAAAUUUAGCUUAGAAGGAGACUAUUCACAGUGGUUCUCCUUAAUACAAAAAGAUAAUUUAGUUACACUUAUUACAAAUAAAACAAAUCCCCUACCUGAUGAUAUAGUUGACAAAAACAGUCACUUGCUGUUUACCGUAGUAGCUGACAAGCUUGGAACUGCUGGUGGAAGAGCAGCAAUAUAUAUUGACUUACCAAAAGAAACAAAUGAUCCUAUUGUACUACGAUUCGAAAAAAAUGAAUAUAUCGGAAGCAUAGAAAAUGAUUCUUUAGAAUUAGAACCAAUACGACUGUUGAAUGUAUAUGACAUAUCUUCAAUCGCAUUAAACUUAUCAGGUGAAUUUGUAUCAUAUUUUAGAAUUAAUGAACAACCCGAUUCAAUAACGAUUCAACUCCUCGAUAUACCUAAAGAAUUGAUUGAAAGUAACAAUUUCAUUGUACUCAAUAUGGAAGCAUCUCACCCAAAUGCUAUUAAAGGCCAUACAACAAUUAUUUUGGAUAUUGUUAGGAAUGGAGAACCUCAAAUAUUACCACCAACAUUCGAACAAGCUUAUUAUUCUGGAGAAUAUUCAGAUCAAGAAGGUUUAAUCUUCACAAACAUGAUUAAACUUAGUCAAGGCUACGAUGAAACCGUUUCCUUUAAACUCGAAGGCGAUAGUGCUCAAUGGUUUUAUUUAGUUAAAAAGGAUGAAAACAGUUUUUCACUAUCCACUAGAAGUGACAAUUUAAUUGAGGUAGCAAAUCAAUUUCCUCUAAUAUUUACAGUCGUCGCACACAAAACUUUAACCGAAUCUGUUCGUGCUGCUAUUAUUAUUACUCUUAAAGAUACCGAGGCGGCAUUUAAUAAAGUGCUUUAUAAUGGGAAGCUCGAAGAUGGCGUAGUAUCUCACGAAACGAUCACUGUAUCAGGAUACGAUGGCGCGAACAUACAAAUUAUUGGAGCCCACCGGUCUUUAUUCGAAGUCGAAUUUUUGAAUGGCGAUGUAACAAUACAAAAGGCCCCGUCAGCGGUUCUCCCAGUCGGACUCACACACAUCGCGUUGACGCUUCAAGCGAGCCGCGCUAGUGCUGUACUUCUGCUAGACAUUAUUGAUUCAGAAUCUGAAACCGAAGCGGCAUUUAGUAAAGUUCUUUAUACUGGAAAACUCGAAGAUGGCGUGGUUUCUCACGAAACGAUAACCAUAUUCGAAUACGACGGCACUAGUGUACAAAUUAUUGGAACUUACGCAACUUUAUUUGAAGUUGAUUUUUCGAAUGGCAUUGUCACGAUACGCAAAGCCGCGUCUGCGGUGCUCCCAGUUGGACUCACGCAUAUCGCGCUGACGCUUCAGGCGGGCCGUGCUAGCGCUGUACUUCUGCUAGAUAUUACAGAUUCAGGAUCAGAAAUCGAAGCAACAUUUAGUAAAGUACUCUAUAGUGGAAAACUCGAAGAUGGCGUUGUAUCUCACGAAACGAUUACUAUAUUUGGAUACGAUGGCACGAAUGUACAAAUUAUUGGAGUCCACGAGUCAUUAUUUGAAGUUAAUUUGUCGAAUGGGAUUGUAACAAUACGCAAAGCCGCGUCUGCGGUGCUCCCAGUCGGACUCGCGCACAUCGCGCUUACACUCCAAGCGGGCCGAGCUAACGCUGUCCUUUUGCUAGAUAUCACUGAUUCAGAAUCAGAAACUGAAGAGACAUUUAGUAAAGUUCUUUACAAAGGAAAUCUGGAAAAUGGCGAGGUGUCACACGAAACGGUUACUAUAUCCGGAUACAAAGGCACUAAUGUACAAAUUAUUGGAACUUACGAGUCUUUAUUCGAAGUUGAAUUUUCGAAUGGCAUUGUCACGAUUCGCAAAGCCGCGUCUGCAGUGCUCCCAGUCGGACUCACGCACAUCGCGCUGACGCUUCAAGCGGGCCGUGCUAGCGCUGUACUUCUGCUAGACAUCACAGAUUCAGGAUCAGAAAUCGAAGCGGCAUUUAGUAAAGUUAUUUAUGAUGGGAAACUCGAAGAUGGCGUUGUAUCUCACGAAACGAUUACGAUAUUCGGAUACGAGGGCUCGAGUGUACAAAUUAUUGGAGCCUACCAGUCUUUAUUUGAAGUAAAUUUGUCGAAUGGAAUUGUAACGAUACGCACAGCUGAGUCUGCAGUGAUCCCAGUCGGACUCACACACAUCGCGCUAACUCUCCAAGCGGGCAGAGCUAGCGCUGUACUUUUGCUAAAUAUCACUGAUACAGAAUCUGAAACAGUAGCGUCAUUUAGUAAAGCUCUUUACAAAGGAAAUGUGGAAAAUGGCGAGGUGUCUCACGAAACCGUUACUAUAUCCGGAUACGAAGGCACUACUGUUCAAAUUAUUGGAACUUACGAGUCUUUAUUCGAAGUUGAAUAUUCGAAUGGCAUUGUCACGAUACGCAAAGCCGCGUCUGCGGUGCUCCCAGUCGGACUCACGCAUAUCGCACUGACGCUACAGGCGGGCCGUGCUAGCGCUGUUCUUCUGUUAGAUAUAACAGAUUCAGGAUCAGAAAUCGAAGCGACAUUUAGUAAAGUUAUUUAUGAUGGGAAACUCGAAGAUGGCGUGGUAUCUCACGAAACGAUUACCAUAUUCGGAUACGACGGCACGAAUGUACAAAUUAUUGGAGCCUACCAGUCUUUAUUCGAAGUUAAUUCGUCGAAUGGCAUUGUAACGAUACGCACAGCUGAGUCUGCGGUGAUCCCAGUCGGACUCACGCACAUCGCACUAACACUCCAAGCGGGCCGAGCUAGUGCAGUACUUUUGCUAAAUAUUAAUGACACAGAAUCUGAAACUGAAGCGACAUUUAGUAAAGUACUUUACAAUGGAGAGGUUAAAAAUGGUGUAGUAUCUCACGAAACAAUUACUAUAUCCGGAUACGAUGGCACGAAUGUACAAAUUAUUGGAGGUUACGAGUCUUCAUUCGAAGCUGAUUUAUCGAAUGGCAUUGUGACUAUACGCAAGGCUGCGUCUGCGGUGCUCCCAGUCGGACUCACCCACAUCGCGCUGACGCUUCAGGCGGGCCGCGCUAACGCUGUACUUCUGCUAGAUAUCACAAAUUCAGAAGAUACUGUUCCACCAGCGGUGACAUUUAGUAGAACGUCAUAUUUCUUAUGGGCGGAUAUAAAUCAAUCUGGAGUGGUUGGGAGAGUUCAAGCUACUGCGGAAAACGGUGAAACGAUCUCGUACUCUCUUCAUAUUGAUGACGAUGAUAAUCUUCGAGAGCGAAUUUCAAUUAAUAACGAGGGUGAAAUCCUGCUGUCAGCUGCAGUCCAAUCAGGCGUAUACAGUUUUAUCGUAACUGCCACUGCCGAAAAUAGCCGAGUUAAUGCAACCGCUUCGGUAUUGCUGCGAGUUGAAGCUCUACCAGAGUGUGGCAGUGAAAUUGGUCUACCGCCGUUAAUAGUGUUAGAAAGACCAGAGGAAGAACCACAUAAAAACUUAGUUGCUUUAAAUAGAACUUUGUACAAAGAUUGCCGAUAUAAUCUUUUAAACAGCUGGCCAGCGGAUCAAUCAUGGCUGUAUGUCGACGAAGAAGGCUUGCACGCGAAGGCCAUCGACCGGGAGCACGAAUCAAUCGCCUUUAUGACUUUAUCUCAGAUUCAAGUAGAGCUAAUACUUCAAUGCGACAGUGAUGAAGUGUCGGUCACUAAGCGUUCAUUAAACACAGAGAGAUUUCAACAAGGGCCUGAUAAAUAUGGCUCUAACAAAUGGAUCCUAGCCGACACUAUUGUCUACGAUGCGAGACGCAGCUUUGUGAAUCUAAUCGUUACUGAUAUUAACGAUAAUAAACCCAUUUUUGAAGGAAAGGAAAAUGAACCAGUAUAUGUCGGAUUCCCAGUUGCAGAACUCGAAGACACGAUAUUACCACGAGCUUUGACGCAACUAAAGGCAACAGAUGCAGAUAUUGGAGAGAACGCAGCUCUAAUAUAUUGGAGUACAGAAGACAAUCUUGCCGUGGCGCCGCAGACUGGCUUUGUACACGUGCGCAAUAAAGCGCGCCUAGAAAAUAAUUCUCGACUUACUGUAUAUGCGACCGAUCUGAAUGGAAAAGGUCUUAACGGAUCGUUGGACAUUGUGGUAAAAUUACUAACGAAAAAUCAAAUCGCAGUUAUAACUGUCCAAAACGCAUUCUUAGACGAUGAAGAUACCGUAUUAAAUGACUUGAGUGAAGCUAUUGGAUACGAAAUAAAAGUGCUAAGGACAGUCGUAAUAUCGGAAAAUAAUGAAGAUUCUUCGAGAAAGAGACGCGAUGUUGAAAGUAAUUCUGGUGCAUAUUUGCAACUCUACGUGUAUGGAUUACGGGAAAGUCAGCCAGUUGAUGUGUUACGGCUUACAAGUGAUAUACAUAACAGUAACGUUGUGACCGUAAACGUAGCCAGAGUAUUAUCACUUGAAGAUCAUCUUGAAGGUCUCGAGAUAUGUCCGAUUCCGGGACGUGACACUGGUCUGUUCGUAGCCACCAUAGUUCUAGCUGUACUGCUUCUCAUAGUAAUUGUAGUGAUUUUUGUCUGGUUUAUCCUGAUUAAGAAAUUCCAGAUACACUUGAAAUGGAGAAAAAAAGAAAACUAUGAACAAUUUAACGAUUCUAAUAGUGUAGAGUCUCGAAAUAGUGUAUUAGAAUCACUUCCAAAAGUAGAAAUUCAACCGAAACCAAGACUCAAUAUAGAAGAGUUAAAGCGGAGUGAACGAAGACUCCAAGAAAUGCUUGAUAUUCCAGUACAAGAAUUUGAACCGGUUAAACCAGUAAAUACUGUAAAAGAGGUGACCAAUGAGCUUCAAGGUGAAACAAUACUUGAUAUACCUAAUCCUAUUCCACCGUUACCUAUAGUUAUACAAUCAAUCGAUAAAUUAAAAACCGACAAUGAUGAAUCAGAAGAUGAAGACGAAUUUGGUGAAAAAAAAAAAGAAAAACCACGAAAAUCAGUUGUUACAUUUAACGAAAACGUUGAAAAAAUCAUUCAUUUAGAAGAUGAUUACGAAGAAAGGUCGGAAUCUGAUUUGGAAGUUUAUAAAUUUUAAAUAUCUUUACUAUAAACUCAAGAAAAAAAAAGCUUUUUUUAUAUUUUAAAACAUGUAUAUACAUUUUUAUUCAAGAAAUAC